GAGGUGUUGGGUGUGCUGGGAGCAGGGCAGGCAUGCGCCGAGCAGGAAUGAGGAAGUGAAGCACUUGCUGCUGCCACUCCAGGGUGUGCACAGAAGUUUCAGAGAGCAAACAGGAGGGGGGAAAAUCCUCAAUCUGUCGGAACUACUCUUCUGGGCUUAUCGUAUGUGUUGUUCAUGGAGCUUCCCAGGCAGAGGUUAUGUUUCACACUAUGUGCUGACUGUCUGUACUUACAGAAGAUAUUUAAAAACAAACAGACUUUUUUUUCCCAAGAUUUUGAUUCCAGUGGAAUCUGUGCUUUAGAUUUUUGUCCUGUCGAUUAACUCCUGAAGCAAUGCCUGUACAAGCUCCACAAUGGACGGAUUUUCUCUCCUGCCCAAUUUGCACACAGACGUUCGACGAAACCAUCCGGAAGCCCAUCAGCUUGGGUUGCGGCCACACCGUCUGCAAGAUGUGCCUCAACAAACUCCACCGUAAGGCAUGUCCCUUUGACCAGACCACUAUCAACACAGACAUUGAACUCCUCCCUGUGAACUCGGCCCUGCUACAGCUAGUGGGUGCUCAGGUUCCUGAGCAGCAGCCAAUUACUUUAUGCAGUGGAGCUGAAGACACCAAGCAUUAUGAGGAGGGCAAGAAAUGUGUGGAAGAAUUGGCAUUGUACCUCAAACCACUCAGCAGUGCCAGAGGUGUGGGUCUCAACAGUACUACUCAGAGCGUGCUGAGUCGUCCCAUGCAGAGGAAACUUGUGACAUUAGUCCACUGCCAGCUGGUGGAGGAGGAAGGGCGGAUCAGAGCCAUGCGAGCGGCGCGGUCACUGGGCGAGAGAACAGUCACAGAGCUCAUUCUCCAGCACCAGAACCCUCAGCAGCUCUCUUCCAACCUCUGGGCUGCAGUGAGGGCCAGAGGCUGCCAGUUCCUGGGGCCAGCAAUGCAAGAGGAGGCUUUAAAGCUGGUCCUGCUGGCUCUGGAAGAUGGAUCUGCUCUGUCACGAAAGGUCUUGGUUCUCUUUGUGGUGCAGAGGCUGGAGCCCCGAUUCCCUCAGGCUUCCAAAACUAGCAUUGGGCAUGUUGUCCAGCUCCUGUACAGGGCCUCAUGCUUCAAGGUGACAAAGCGAGACGAGGAUUCCUCCCUGAUGCAGCUGAAGGAGGAAUUUCGGACCUACGAAGCUCUGCGGAGGGAACACGACUCCCAGAUAGUUCAGAUAGCCAUGGAGGCGGGUUUACGCAUCGCCCCAGACCAGUGGUCCUCGCUGCUCUAUGGAGACCAGUCUCACAAAUCCCACAUGCAGAGCAUUAUCGACAAGUUGCAGACCCCAGCCUCAUUUGCACAGAGUGUUCAGGAAUUAACUAUUGCUCUGCAGAGGACUGGAGAUCCAGCUAACCUGAAUCGUCUGCGACCUCACCUAGAGCUCCUGGCAAAUAUUGAUCCUAGUCCAGAUGCUCCACCUCCAACAUGGGAACAACUGGAAAAUGGACUAGUUGCUGUGAGAACUGUGGUUCAUGGCUUGGUUGAUUAUAUCCAGAAUCACAGCAAAAAAGGAACAGAUCAACAACAGCCCCCUCAGCACAGCAAGUACAAGACAUACAUGUGCCGAGACAUGAAGCAGAGAGGAGGAUGUCCCCGGGGGGCCAGCUGCACCUUUGCACACUCCCAGGAGGAGCUGGAAAAAUUCCGUAAAAUGAACAAACGUCUGGUUCCCAGAAGACCCCUGAGUGCCUCCCUGGGCCAGCUGAACGAGGUGGGCCUGCCUUCAGGAGCUAUCCUCUCAGAGGAGGGGGGAGUGGACUUGCCCAAUAGGAAAACCUCUGCCCUGCCAAAUGGAAUUGUGUCAACAGGCAGCACGGUGACACAGCUCAUCUCUCGAGGGACUGACUCGGGUUAUGAAACCGCUCUGAAGCCCGGGAAGAUGGACCAUCUGAGUAGCAGUGCCCCUGGAUCCCCUCCUGACUUGCUGGAAUCUGUCCCCAAGAGCUCUAUUUCUGCCUUACCAGUGAACCCUCAUCCUGUGCCCUCCCGGGCCCCAGCAGAUCUGCCCUCAGUGUCUGUCACCAAGCAGUUGCAGAUGGUACCACGAGGGUCUCAGUUGUACAAUGCUCAACAAGCAGAUAUGUUUUACCAAGACCCUAGAGGAGCUGCCCCACCAUUUGAGCCAGCGCCCUACCAACAAGGAGUGUACUACCCCACGCAGUCCAUGUCCCGCUUUGUCCGGCCGCCUCCCUCGGCCGCCGAGGCGGGCACCCCAUACCUGGAGCCGUACGCGCCGUACCUGCCGGAGCGCGUGGUGAGCCCACAGUACCCGCAGCCGCAGCAGUACCCGCCACUGGCACAGCCCCUGUACCCCCCGCACUAUGACAGCCGCCGUGUGUACCCCCCGGUGCCACCCUACCAGCGCGAGGACGUGGUGCGGGGCAGCCCCGUGCCCAUCGACAUCCCACCUGCCGCCGUCACCCCCUACGUGCCCGAGGCCAGAGACAGAUACCAGCAAGCAGAGGCAUAUUGCCCGGUGGCUCCGCACCUCGGCCAGAUCAGGCCUUCGUGCCAUAGGCCUCAUCCCAGCCUGGAUGAACUUCACCGACGAAGGAAAGAGAUCAUGGCCCAGCUGGAGGAGAGGAAGGUGAUUUCUCCACCUCCUUUUGCACCGUCGCCAACCUUGCCUCAUCCUUUUCACUCAGAGGAGGUUUUUGUUUUUGUACAGUACUUGGAUGAAGACCUGAAGGUAGCUGGGAAAUACAAAGGAAAUGACUACAGCCAAUACUCCCCCUGGUCCUGUGACACCAUCGGCUCCUACAUUGGAACCAAAGAUGCAAAACCCAAAGAUGUCGUGGCAGCGAGGAGUGUGGACAUGGCGAACGUGGACAGCAAAGCCAUGCGUGAGCAGCGGCUGGACCUGCAGCGCCGGGCGGCCGAGGCUGGUGACGACGAUCUCAUUCCCUUUGGAGACCGACCGACUGUGUCGCGCUUUGGGGCCAUCUCCCGCACUUCCAAAGCCAUGUACCAGAACUCCGGGCCCAUGCAGGCCAUGGCGGUUCAGGGAGCUGCCACCAAGUCCAUCAUUUCAGACUACAGUCCUUAUGGAACUCACGGUGGCUGGGGAGGCUCUCCAUAUUCUCCUCAUCAAAAUAUACCUUCUCAGGGACGUUUCAAUGACAGGGAGAGGCUGUCCAUGUCGGAUGUGGCUGGUCACGGGAAGCAGUUGCCCUCAGCUGAGCGAGAGCAGCAGCUGCGCAUGGAGCUGCAGCAGGUGGACCAUCAGAUCAGCCAGCAGACGCAACUGCGGGGACUGGAGGCUGUUAGUAACAGGCUGCUGUUGCAGAGGGAGGCGACUACCCUGGCAGGCCAACCACAGCCCCCACCCCCGCCUCCCAAGUGGCCUGGGAUGAUCUCAAGUGAACAGCUGAGCUUGGAGCUACACCAGGUGGAAAGGGAAAUUGGGAAGAGAACCCGUGAGCUGAGCAUGGAGAGCCAGUCUUCACUGGAUAUGAAAAACAAACUGGGCACCGCUAAACAGACAGAAAAUGGACAAUUAGAGCCACAAAGCAAGGUUCCAGCUGAGGACCUCGCACUGACAUUCAGCAGUGAUGUUCCAAAUGGAUCGGCUUUGACACAAGAGAACAUUGGCCUCCUGUCAAACAAGGCAGCGUCUCUGAGCUUGUCAGAGGAGCCUGAGGGAGGAGGGGACAGCCACGACUCCCAGCGAGCCGGAGUCACACCCACAUCUGCUCCAUGAAGCCAGGCCAGCACACCCCGAGCUCCUCCUGCCAGGGUGGCAGCACCUUCCAUCACGUUUUUUUUCCAGGGGUAAUUGGAGAAAGCCAGGAGCAGCAGCAGUAGCAGAGCAGCAGGUCCAGAGGCAAUGUGCACAAACACAACUACUAGAAACAAAUCCUGCACAUAGUUCACAUUAACGCAUUUUUUAAUUAAAAAAAUGAAAAUUAGCAGUAUCUGCAAGCAAUUCAAAUUAAAUUUGUUUUUGUUCUGUGAAUGAACUUUAUUUUAAUAACUUUGGACGCCUUGAAUCCCAGGGCUUAAAAAAAAAGAUAUUAUAUAUAUACUCUGUUUGAUUAAUUGUAUGAUCUUAAUGAAGUAGAUUUUUUCUUUUAUUUUGGUAUUAUUACAUACCCAGUGCAUAAUUCCUUAUCACCUUAAUUUCUCAAUGACUAAAACAAUCUGGCCGCUUCCUUGUGUGGUUUAAGAGUAAACAAGGAAUGAGGGUUGGAGAGUAGCUGUGAAAUUGCAGUGUCAAAAGAUGUGCAGCAAACUUCAUUCUUCCCAUUGUGGCCAGGAGCUGAACCCCAGCUUCUUACUUAAAUUGUUGAAUUUAAACUACAAGUGACAGAAUCCUUGCAAUUCAGCAGGUGUUGUGGUUUGGUUUUUUAAAGGUGGCAUUGUUUAAGGUCUGUAUGUUAGAAAUUGGCACCUGAGAGUCAGCCUGCAGCUUGUCUGUCAGUGCUGCAGUGAAUCCUUCCUGGAUUCUCCUUUCCUAAGGAAAAUAUUGCAUCAAAAUGGCCGCUGGAGGUGCAGCACAAAUCCUGCCAGAAGUACUGGGAAGCAAAUUUGCUUGAUAGAUCCAAUGCUUCUCCAAGUAGAUGCUUUGUAAGUAUAAGUUGGAGAAGCCAUCAAUCUUUUUUAAAAAGUAAAGAAAUGAAAGAUUUUAUUCUUGCUGCACGUUUUUUGACUCCUUUGACAUACACUAGGGUGAGACCCUGGAUACAAAGAACCCUGGAGAACGAUUUUAAAGUGCUGCUCCCUCUGCACCUUCUUGGCCUGUGUUCUCUUUUUUUUUUUCUGGGUUAGACUACUAAAUGGGAAAGCACUGGUUAUGUAAUAAAUUACUGCAUUGCUUUGGUUGGGUAAAGCAAGAGUUAUUGAAUUUUCUUGGGUUUUAGUUGUUUUUCCUUAACCUUAACUCCUGCUGAGGUCGUAGCAACCUUGGGCUAAGCUUUGCAUUCAUCAUACUGUUAAAUAAAACAAAAGGGGGGGUGGGAGGGGAUACAGUCCCACUAUUGCCUACCAGUAGGAGAGUCCAAACAGAAGACUCUUUUGAGUAGCAAUUAUUUAAUUUGCCCAGUUAAGGCACCGCGUUUAUAUACUAUUUCACAUUGAAUUUGAUUAUGCCCUACAGACCUGGCUGGUCAAGGAUUUGAUACACAUAUUGGCUUGGGAUUCGAGCUUUCUUUUUUAUUUAAAUAAAAAUUUAUAUAUAAAUAUAUAUAUAUACAUAUAUACAUAGUUAUAUCUGUAUAUAUAUUGGGUAUGUUUUAAGAAUUUUUUCGCAUGAGCGCAGCUGUUGUGAUCAAAUGUCUGGGAGGUAGAAGCACUGAAUGAAAAUAAAGGCAUUUUUCAGCUCACA